CUAAAAUCACAAGCAGAAUAGAAAAACACACUCCUCAUAGCAAAAGCCUAGAGCUUUUUUUUUUUUUAUUCGCCUCUCUUUCUUCAAAUCCAUUAUACAAUGAAGGGCGCUUACAGCAGCCCAAGAGUCCUUGCAGUGGUUCUCUUAUUUGCCAUGGCUACCACAUUAGUGCAAGGCCAGGGGACACGUGUUGGAUUCUAUUCAACUUCAUGUCCUCGAGCUGAAUCUAUUGUUACUUUAACAGUCCAAUCUCAUUUCCGUUCUAAUCCAGCCAUUGCUCCAGGCUUGCUGAGGAUGCACUUCCAUGAUUGCUUUGUGCAGGGUUGUGAUGCCUCAAUCCUUAUCGAUGGCCCUAACACUGAGAAAACUGCCGGGCCAAACCUUUUGUUGAGAGGCUAUGAAGUUAUUGAUGAUGCCAAGACUCAAAUCGAAGCAGCAUGCCCUGGUGUAGUCUCAUGCGCUGAUAUACUUGCCCUUGCUGCCCGUGAUGCUGUAGUUCUGACAAGUGGAGCGAGCUGGUUGGUGCCUACGGGACGCAGAGAUGGGAGGGUUUCUCAAGCAUCCGAUGCCUCCAAUUUGCCUGGCUUCACAGAGUCCAUUGAUUCACAAAAACAAAAGUUUGCUGCAGUUGGUCUCAACACUCGGGAUCUUGUUACCCUUGUCGGAGGUCACACCAUAGGGACUUCAGCUUGCCAGUUCUUCAGUUAUAGACUAUACAACUUCACUGCAAAUGGUCCCGACCCAUCAAUUGACCCAUCCUUUGUCCCUCAACUACAAUCACUUUGCCCACAAAAUGGUGAUGGCAACAGGCGCGUUGAUCUCGACACCGGUAGCGGUGGCAGGUUUGACACAUCCUUUUUUAAUAAUUUGAGGAAUGGGCGAGGGAUACUUGAAUCUGAUCAAAAGCUGUGGACUGAUGCUUCAACGAGAAGUAUUGUUCAAGGCUACUUGGGCGUGGCGGGUGUUCAACCACUGACUUUUAGCGUCGAGUUUGGGAGGUCUAUGGUUAAAAUGAGUAACAUUGGAGUGAAGACGGGUACUAAUGGUGAAAUCCGCAGAGUUUGUUCUGCAGUAAACUGAUACAGACGAUCGAUGUUGAGGGUUUUGAUGGUUUGCUAGCUUUAUUGGCACAAGCUGAUAAAGUGAUACACAGUAAUCGCUCACUCUUGUUGACUAAUAUAUAGUGUGUAAAGUGGGCAAUCGAAAUUGGACUGUCUUUCUUUUUUCUAUAAUGAUAAUGAAUAAUAAUCCAUCAAUCUAGAAGAUGUCAAUUGCAGUUAAUAUUUGACUUCUUGUCAUGUCUGGCUUUUGGCCUAUUGAAAAUCGCACAUUUUUUUAUAUUUUUCAUGCACCUGUAGAUUUUGAUAAUAUAUCAAUAUGAGGAAAGAAACUGUUUUAUUCCAUAAA